AUGGCUAAUAAAUUUGGAGAAGGGUCUCAAGCAGAUUAUGAAAAGUUUAUGGUCUAUAAAAAAUCAGACACUUAUAAAGGUGUCCCAGCAGGAGAAACUUGGGUUUGGUAUACUAAUCCAAAUCCAAGACCAAAAACAGAAAUUGGAGAGAAUGGAAUGGAAAAAGAACAAGAUUAUGAUGAGUUCUAUACUGCAAAAGUAGUAACUGAAACAAAAGAUCAAUACAUUUUAGAUACAGAAAGAGGAGAAUUAAAAGUAGAUAAGAAAAAUUGUUUCAUGAGAAAUCCAAUGAAAUUCGAUGGUGUUGAUGAUAUGUCUCAAUUAACUCAUUUAUCUGAAGCUACUGUCUUAUAUAAUUUAAGAAUUAGAUAUAUGGAAGAUAUUAUUCAUACAUAUUCAGGACUUUUCUGUGUUGUAAUUAAUCCAUACAAAUUUUUCCCAAUUUAUACACCAUUUAUUGUUAGUAAAUAUCAAGGAAGAAGAAGAGAAGAUGUUGCACCACAUGUAUAUGCAAUUGCUGAUGGAGCUUAUAGAGCUAUGCUUGAUCCAGCAUCAAAAUUUAGAAAUCAAUCAAUUCUUAUUACAGGAGAAUCAGGAGCAGGUAAAACAGAAAAUACCAAGAGAGUUAUUCAAUUCCUUGCAAUGACUGCAGGACAAUCAAAGAAAGCAGGUCAACUUGGAGAAUUAGAAGAACAAUUGAUUGAUUUGAAUCCAAUGCUUGAAGCUUUUGGUAAUGCUAAAACUGUUAAGAAUAAUAAUUCAUCAAGAUUUGGUAAAUUCAUUGAAAUUCAAUUCUCUAAUGGAGGAAAGAUUGUAGGAUGUAUUAUGUCAUCAUAUCUUCUUGAAAAGUCAAGAGUUGUUUAUCAAGCAAGAGAAGAUAGAAAUUAUCAUAUUUUCUAUCAAUUAUUGGCUGGUGCUACUGCUCAACAAAAAUCAGAAAUGCAUCUUGAUAGACCAGAAUCAUAUAAAUUAAUUUAUCAAAAUAAAAAAUCACCACAAGAAUUAAAUGUUGAGUAUAUGGAUGAUGCAGAAGAAUUUAAGAACACUAUUAAGGCUAUGAGAACAAUGAAUAUUACUGAUGAUGAACAAAAUCAAAUCUUUAAGAUUGUUGCUGGUAUGUUACAUCUUGGAAAUGUUGAAUAUAGUCAAGGAAGAGAUGGAGCUGAAUUAGCUAAUCCAGAAACAUUUGCUAAAGCAGCUGAAUUAUUUGGAGUUGAUGCUGAGUCACUUAGAAAAGCUAUUAUUCAACCAAAGAUUAAAGCAGGUCUUGAAAUUAUUGAAAGACAUUUGUCAAAAGAAGAAGCUGAAUUUAACACUACUGCUACUUUGAAAGCUAUUUAUCAUAGAUUGUUUGUCUUUAUUGUUAAUAAAGUUAAUGAAGUUAUGGGUAAAGCCGGAGCACAUUCUAUUGGUAUUCUUGAUAUUGCCGGUUUUGAAAUUUUCAGAGAGAAUUCAUUUGAACAAUUAUGUAUUAACUUGACUAAUGAAAAAUUACAACAAUUCUUCAACAACCAUAUGUUCAAUUUAGAACAAUUAGAAUAUCAAAACGAAGGUAUCCCAUGGACACAUCAAAAUUUCGGAGAUGAUCUUCAACCAGUUAUUGAUUUAAUUGAAAGUAAGAUUCCAGCAGGUAUUCUUGCUAUGCUUGAUGAACAGUCAUUUGUUGCAUCAGGAAGUGAUGAAAACUUCCAUGCUAAUAUUUGUAAUACAUUUGGAAGAGGACAUCCAAGAUUUAGAAAACCAAGAAUUGGAGGAGAUGGAGUUUAUGAAUUUGAUAUUCUUCACUAUGCUGGAACUGUUACCUACAAUGCUAGGGAUUGGGUUAAGAAGAACAGAGAUCCAUUAGAAAGAGAUAUUCAACAAGUCUUUAUUGGUAAAGAUUCAAGUUCAUUGAUUAGUAGAUUAUUCAGAAUUACUGAAGGUAUUGCUGGUUCAUCUGGUGAUGAUAUGGGAACUGGUAAAGGAAGCAGUAAAGCAGCUAAGUUCUUAACUGUAGGAUCAAAUCACAAAGCACAAUUAGAAGAAUUAAUGAGAAAAUUAAAGAUGACUAACCCACACUUCAUUAGAUGUAUUCUUCCAAAUACUCAAAAGAAACAAAGAUAUUUCGUUGAUUCAACAGUAUUGAAACAAUUAAGAUGUAAUGGUGUCCUUGAAGGAAUUAGAAUUACUCGUAUGGGAUAUCCAAAUAGAAUGAUUUAUAGUGAAUUCUUAAAGAGAUACUAUUUCCUUGGAGAUAAAAUUAAUAGAAGAGCUUCAGAUGAAAAGGCUACUGCAUCUACUCUCAUGAGACAAAUUAUUGAGAAAUAUAAGAAAGAUGGACAACCAAGAGCUAAAGAAGGAGAUUAUCAAUUUGGUAAAACAAAGAUUUUCUUCAGAGUUGGUAUUCUUGCUGAAAUUGAAGAAGUUAGAGAAGCUAAGAUUUCAGAAAUGCUUGGAGGUCUUCAAGCAUGUGCUAGAGCUUUUGCUGCUCGUAAACAUUUCAGUGUAUUAAGAGAACAACAAGUUGCUGUUAUUGUUAUUCAAAGAACACUUAAGAGUUGGGUUACUUUCAGAAAUUGGGCAUGGUGGAAAUUAUAUGUUAAGGCUAGACCAAUGUUAAAGAGAAGAAACUUUGAAGAAGAAGGAAAGAAGAAAGAUAAAGAAAUUGAAGAUCUUAAGAAGAAACUUGCUGAAGAAAUUAAGAAGAGAGAAGCUGCUGAAAAUGCACUUGCUAGUGCUACAGCAAAGAUUGGUGAAUUAGAAGCUAAGAUUCAAGAUCUUGAAGAUAAGAUUUCAGAAUUAGAAAGCAAAUUAUCAGCUGCUGAAUUAGAUAAACAAGAAUUGAAUUUGAAGAUUGAAAAUCUUGAAGAAGAUAAAGAAGAAUUGAAAGAAACUAUUGAUAAACUUAAAGGAGAUUUGAAAGAUUCCAAAUUGAAAGGAGAAGAUUUAGAGGAUGAAAUCACUGAAUUGAAUUCUCAAAUCAAUACUUUGAAUGCUACUGUAGACAAGAAAGACAAGACAAUUGCUGAAAUGCAAGAAAGUAUUGAAGAAAAAGAAGAUGAAAUUACUAAAUUAAAGGGAGACAUUAAAUUACUUGAAGAAGAAAAGGAUGAUCUUGAACAAGACAGAGCUGAUGUUAGUGCUACUAAGGAUGACAUUGCUAAGAAAUUGAAUAAGAUUACAAUUGAAUGUGAAGAUGCUAAGGAUGAAAUUGCCAAAUUAGAACAAGAAUUAGAAGAUGAAGAAAAUAAGAAUAAAGAUCUUACCAAUGAAUUACAACAAACACAAUUAAAACUUGGUGAAACAGAAAAGAGUCUUGCUGCUCAAGUUGCUGCUACUAAGAAAGCAUCUGAUGAAAGAGAUACUUUAAGUCAAAAUCUUGAGAAUGAAAAAUUAACUACUAAGAAUCUUACUAAAACAAAAGCAGAUUUAGAAAAGAAGAUUAGUGGAUUAAAACAAGAUUAUGAAGAUUUAGAAGAUGAUAAGAAUAAGAUUGAAGGUGAUUUGAGAAAUGCUCAAAGAAAGAUUAAAGAACUUGAUGAUGAAAUUACUAAAGGAGCAGAUGUUUCACAAUAUCUUCAAAAACAAAAAGAAGAAUAUGAGUCUCAAAUUGCUAAAAUGCAAGAAGAAAAAGAGUCAAUUGGAAAUGAUGUUAAAAAUAAAGAAAAAACAAUUAAAGAAAAGGAAUUAGAAAUUCAAAGCUUACAAGAAAAACUUGAUGAAACAGAAGUUGAAAAAGAAGAUGCUGAAAAGAAGAAGAAAGAAAUUGAAAAGGAAAUGAAAGCACUUCAAGAAGAAAAAGAAAAUGUCGAAAGUAGUAAGAAUUCAACAGAAAAGGAUAAGAAGAAACUUGAAGAUAAUUUGAAAGAUACUCAAAAGAAACUUGAAGAUAUGACUGCUGAUAAUGAAAAACUUAAAGCUAAAGCAAAGGAUCUUGAAGCACAAUUGAAUGAAGUUCAAGAUAAUCAUGAAAAGGCUGUUGCUGAUGCUGAAGUUUUGAAUAAGAAGAAGGCACAAAGUGAUAAAGAAUUGAAUUCAUUGAAAGCUGAACUUGAAGCACUUACUAAAGCCAAAUCUGUUGUUGAAGCUAAGAAUAAAGAUAGUGAAAAUGAAAAAGCAGCACUUAGUGAAGAAAUUGAUCAAGCUAAUGAAAAAUUAAAGAACAUUCAAGCUGAUUUAAGAAAAGCAACUGCUGAUUUACAAGAAGCUAAUGAAAAGAAGGCUGAAGUUGAAGCACAAAGAGAUAAACUUGUUGCAGAUAAUAAGAAGAUGACAAAGACCUUAGAAGAGAUUAAAGCUCGUGAUGAAGAAAAUACAUACAAAGUUGAAAAUUAUGAAAAGGUAAUUAAACGAAAAGAAGCUGAUUUAGAAGAAGCCAAUGAAAACCUUGAUAUUGAAAAGAAAGAUAGAAUGAAUAAAGAAAAACAAGUUAAAAAAUUAGAAGGAGAAUUGAAAGAAACUAAAGAUAAAUUGAAUGCUGCAAUUGCUGAAAAGGAUUCAAUCUUCACUGCUAAGAAACAAUCAGAUGCUGAUCUUGAAGAAUUAAAUAAGACUGUUGAAGAACAUGAUGAAGUUGUUGCUAAAUUAAAUACACAAAUUACUAAAUUAACAAGAGAUAAUCAAAGUGCAGAAGAAGAACUUAAUGAAUUAAGAAGUAAAGCAGAUAAAGAUAAGAAGAAAAUCUCAGAACUUGAAGAACAAGUUAAUGAACUUGAAUCAAGACCAGUUGGAACAGGAAAUGCUGAUGAAAAUGAAAUUAAGAUUAGAGAUGCACAAAUUGCAGAUUUGAACAAGGCUCUUGAAAUGAAAGGUGAUCAAAACAAUCAACUUCAAGCCACAAAUAAAGAAUUGAAAGCUAAAAAUAAUGAUUUAACAAGUAAGAUUGAAAUUGCUGAGAAUGAAAUGAAGAAAUUAGAAAAUGCUAAAAAGAGACUUGAACAAGAUAAGGAUGAAGCUGAUAAAGCAGUUAGUGAACAAACAAUUAAGAGAAAAGGACUUGAAGAAGAAGUUAAGAAAUUAACAACUGAAAUUCAAGCACUUAAAUUCCAAAUUAAUGCCCCAAGUAGUGUUGCUCAAGAAGAAGAAAAACAAAGACUUGAAAGUGAUAUUGCUGAAUUAAAGGAACAAUUAGAACAAGAAAGAACUACUGCAGCUAAUGCUGAAGCUGAAAGAAAGAAGAUUCAAGCAGAACUUGAUGAAGUUAAAUUCAACUUAGAAGAUGUUACUAACCAAAGAGAGAAAUUAGUUGCUAAGAACAGUGAAAAUGAUGCUGAAAUUGAUUCUCUUAAAGAAGAAAAGAAAGCUCUUGAAGAUGAAAUUGAGAAGAUUACUGACGAUAACAAUAAGUUGAAUGAAGAAAUUGAUUCACUUGAUCGUAAAUAUAAUGCUCUUCUUGAUAGUAAAGAUAGUGAUGUUUCCAUGAAGGAGAAGUUCCAAGAUGAAUUGAAAGUUACUAAGGAUGCUCUUGAAACCGAAAAGAAGAAUCAUGCUGAAACUAUGAGACUUAAAGGAAGAUUAGAGAAAGAAGCUGCUGAAGUUCAAGUUAGACUUGAAGCCCUUCAAAAGAAUCUUGACCUCGCACAACAAGAAAAAGCUAAAGCUACUAAAGAUUAUAGAGCUGCUGAUGGAGAAUUGAAAUCAUUGAUGAAUGAAUUAGAUGAUGUUAAGGAUCAAUUAGAUAAAGCACAAGAUGAUCUUGCUGAUAAGGAAGAUGAAUUAGCUACCCUUGAUCAAAAGUACAAGACUCUUGUUAAACAAAAGAGUGUCUUUGAUUCAAGAAUUCAAGAAAUGCAAGAACAACUUGAUCUUGAAAAAGCUGGUAGAGCUAAAGCACAAAAACAAAAACAAGCAUAUGAAAAGAAAUUACAAGAAUUACAAGAAAAUGAUAAUGAUUUCGAAGAAUAUAAAGAAACUGCUGAUAAAAGAAUUAAUACAUUGUCUGCUCAAAAGGAUGACCUUCAAAAAGAAUUGGAAAAAGAAAGAGGACUUAAACAAGAUUCAGAAAAAGAAGUUCAAAGACUUAGAGUUAAAUGUCAAGAACUUGAAACCAAAGUUGCUGAAGUUGGAGGAGCUAAUGUUUCUAUUGCUAAAGUUAAAGCUAAAUAUGAAGCUGAAAUUGAAGAAUUAACAACAGAAGCUGAAGAUGCUCUUAAGGCUAAGAUGAAAGCUGAAAAGAAGGCUAAGACCAGCCAAAAGAAAUUAGAUGAACUUCAAAAGACUAUUGCUGAUUAUGAAACUAAAGAAGCUACCUUCAAUACUCAAAUUGGAAAGACUCAAGCUGAACUUAAGAAAUAUCAACAACAAGUUAGAGAUGAUGAGACUAGAAUGAGUAGUCUUGAAGAUGAAAUUAAGAAAGGAACUGAUGCUCUUGCUAAUAAACAAUUAGAACUUGAUAAGGUUAAUAAACAAUAUGAGAAAUUAAAGAAACAAUAUAAGAGACUUGCUGCUGCUAAGGACAGUGAUGAUGAUUCUGAUUAA